CCGGAAGUGUGCUUUUUCUUUUGGCUCCGGCGGCGUUGUUGAACAACAGAGAGCGUGAUGGACUGAUGACUGUCGGACUGAUCUCUCCCUGAGUCGUGAAGUCACAGUUAUGUGACUGCAAUGUGGUGAUGUAGACUCCGUCUUCUUCUUCUUCUUCAGUUCAACCUUUAGUCUUUAAAACGAAGCAGGACUCAAGUAGCGAGAGCUGGUCAAACUUUUCACCCACCGUUAGUUCCGCAUCGCUUUGACUCAAAACUGUCAGGUAAAAGUUACCGACUUAGUCGGCACAAGAAGUCUUUAUCCAAACAUGGUUCAGAACAACAGAGAGUCCGACGGCGAGCCUCGGGUCUACGGUUAUAGCAGAAGGGCUUCUGCUGUACUGACCCACUUCAUCUGCGUCGGCUUCAGCGUCUUCAUCGCACUUCUGUCUCGACCGGGAUCAAGUUUGUUUUCCUGGCAUCCGUUCUUCAUGACCCUGGCUUUCUCCUUCUUCAUGACAGAAGCUAUACUCCUCUUCUCCCCCCACGGCUCCCCUAACAAAGGGUUUCCACACAAGGCCAAAGGUCGUGUCCACUGGAUCCUGCAGGGCCUGUGUGUGUCCUGUGCAGCCCUGGGUCUGGCAGCCAUCUCCUACAACAAGCACCUGAAUGGUAAAGCCCACUUCGCCUCGUGGCAUGGUCUGCUCGGCCUGCUCACGGUGUGUGUGGUCGCGUUGCAGUCGCUGGCGGCCGUGCCUCUCAUCUACCAUUCUCUGGCCAAAGGCUGGUCCCUGGCCAAACUCAAACGUUACCACGCUGCGUCCGGACUCGUCACUUACCUGCUCGGCAGCGUCAGCCUGCUGCUCGGCCUCUGCUCCGCCUGGUUCACCGCCUCCAUUGGGGGAUACGCCUGGUACCUGUCUGCGCUCUGCCCGGCUGUCAGUGCCCUCGUCGUAAUGAACCAAGUCUCCAGCGCUUACAUGGCUAAGAAACGGUUGCAGUCCUGAGAGAGGGGACACAUUUAUUGACACUUUAAUGAUGCCGUCACUGAGAAUAUGUUAAGUUUUUUAGCUCCAUCUCAGUCACUUAGAUUUGCUUUAGGAAAAAAGCAGACUUCUGUAGCUACACGGCUAAAAGAAGCAUAAGUACCUCAUGUGGAUGAUGAAAUAAUUUUCUCUCUUUGCCUUUUUUACAUAAUAAACACAGGACUGAAGCUACUAUUGAGAA